AUGUGUGUAAUGUCAAGACGAGGUCGUUUUCAGCGCGGCGAGGGUCGCCAUCUGUGUAAUCUGUCCGGGCCCCCUAGUGGGGGGAGCGCGUCGCCCGGCUCGUUUCUACCGCUAAGGGGUAUCGACUUGAAGAAGGGCGGUAGGGUUAAGAAGCCCGGACGCAAGGCCUUGGUUAGCAAGGACCCCUACCUGCGUCUUCUCGUAAAAACCUACAAAACUCUCGCUCGUAGGACGUCGAGCGCGUUCAACCGCACUGUUCUCAAGCGUCUGUUGAUGCCCCGACGCUUUAAGGCGCCCAUCUCCCUCUCGAAGUUGAUCAAGCACAUGAAGGGCAGGGAGAACACCACUGCCGUUGUUGUAGGCACUGUUACAGGUACGUUAUUAUACCGUGACAUGAUGAUGUACGUUUCUACUGAAUCGCGACGGUCUUCUGACUCUGCUGGAGAGGAUGACUUGAGGGUCAACGAGGUGCCCAAGUUGAGCGUGUGCGCUUUGCGUAUCACCCGCACUGCUCAGGCUCGUCUUUUGAAGGCAGGCGGUGAGGUUCUCACCUUCGACGAGCUCGUUGCUCGCUCCCCCACCGGAUCUAAGUGCACGCUUUUGCGCGGUGCCACCAAGGCCCGUGAGGCCGAGAAGCACUUCGGCAAGGCCCCUGGUACCCCCGGGUCGUCCACCAAGCCGUAUGUGCGCUCUAAGGGCCGCAAGUUCGAGAAGGCGCGUGGUCGCAGGAAGUCUUGUGGUUUCAAGGUGUAA